AUGUAUCCGCCUCCGAGCGCCAUCGGCAAAGCCACAGCCAUACCGCUCGCUAUAGUCAGCCAACUUUUCACUCAGACAUUCUGGGCGUACGGUACAGCCACAAAGUACGGCCAUCAGGCUCUGAAGAUCUCAAAUCACAUGUACCUGCACCGGUUGAAAACUAUUUUCUCUACUAGUCGCAGGCGCCGGCCGGAAUACGACGAGGUGUUUGCCAUCCUCGGCAACGUAUUUAAUGCGAUGGAAACGGGCCGUUCAGCCCUCCAAAGGCACGCAGAUUUGCGCUGGGCAGUUGUAGCAGACUACUUGACAAACUUGACGGAUCGCUUUGUUGAGUCGCGCAUGAUGCUUCGGGGUCUGCGACAACAGAGGCGAACAUGGACAGCUACCGAUCGUGAGAUCCAGGGGCGCGUGGCCGAUAUGCAGAAUAUCAGUGGGGAGGCGAUGGCUCACCUGGAUGAUUAUAGAAACACGGGGGCGGCCCGCGAGUUCGACGCGUACCUCGGUCAGGUGGAGUCGUUGUUCAAUACAGCCAGCGAAGUGCAGUCAAGGCUGGGGCGAGAAUGUCGGUCCCUGCAGCACCUCGUUGUGGAAUUUGUGAAGCAGGAUGACGAGGCGCGGGCAGAGUUGUCCAACGAGCACAUGGGCCACUUGGCAGUCCGUAUCAGAGACAUUUUCUGUCAGAGCCUGGAGCAGGCAAGCGCCAUCAUUUCACACCACGAUGAACAGAUACGGCAGGCGGAAUCGUCGUGA